UGGGCUUCCACAAUCAAACACUUGAGAACAUGAAAUUCCCAUUUAGAGGAAGCAAAAGCCAACAAAAAGUGCACUUUUAUCCGAAAUAGAAACCAAGCACACAAUUGUGUGCAGGUAAGAGUGAGCCUUAGCAAUAAUAGCAAUAGCAUGUUAGUCACUAGUCUGUGUGGAAGCUGUUAAAGGAGCUUAUUUCUUGUUCUCCAUGGCUUCUUUUCUUUCCUUAUCUCUUCCCAAGUUAAACUUAAUAAAGGCCUCUUCAGCUGCUAAUACCUCUACAACCACUCUUUCCACUCCUGAGUUACUCAAUGAGAAAUUUGGUAGAAAAGGCAUCAAGUUCUUGGAGUCUGAUAACAUCCCCAUUGUUGAGCUAACAGUCAGAAAUGGAAGCUCCUUAAGUCUAAGAAUACCUGAUGCUCAUGUAACAUCUUACAAACCAAAAGUCCACUGGAAAGAUAAUGGCUUUGAGGAGGUUCUUUACACAGUUCCUGCUGUUGAAACAGGUCUUUACAAAGCCAAAGGUGGGGUUGGUUUGGUCUUAAAUGAAGUACUUCAACCUGGAGCCAAAGAGUUACUCCCUUCCACUUUAGAGUGGACUGUAAAUGAUGUUGAUUCUGAUGCUAUAGAUGCUCUUCAGGUUGAAUUGAGCUGUACUAGUAGAUUUUUUGACAUCACUUAUGUUGUGACCCUCUAUCCUGUGAGCAUGGCCACAGCAGUUAUAGUUAAGAACAAAAGCCCCAAGCCUGUCACUCUAACCAAUGCUAUACUAAGCCAUUUUAGAUUUAAGAGACGAGGAGGAACAGCAAUUCAAGGUCUCCGAAACUGCUCAUACUGCUUACACCCUCCUCUUUCUUCUCCUUUUCAAAUCUUGACUCCAGCAGAAGCUAUGAAAUCUGAGCCACCUAGAUGGCUUUCCUUUGGUGCUGAGCCUGAAGGGAAGUCAGGCACGUGGACUCAGCAAGGCUUGUCUAUUACCCUUCUUGAGAAUAAGAUGAGUAGAGUUUAUGCUGCACCUCCUAAAGAAAGAUCAAAGGCUUUUUAUAACACUGCACCUUCCAAGUAUGAAACCAUUGAUCAGGGACGUGAGCUUUUCUUUAGGGUGAUAAGAAUGGGUUUUGAGGAUAUUUAUGUAUGCAGCCCUGGUUCCUUGUCAGAGAAAUUUGGAAAGGACUACUUUAUCUGCACUGGCCCUGCUUCAAUACUGGUGCCUGUGACUGUGAAUCCUGGUGAAGAAUGGAAAGGGGCACAAGUUAUUGAGCAUGAUAAUCUUACUUAGCAAUCACAUCAACAAAUAUUAGUUGACAUGAUAUCUAAACCCUUAUCCUUCACUCUUUCUCUCUUCCCUCCUGCUUCUCCUCCAUUUUGAGUUAUAGUUUUUUUGUUAAUGGAGCAGGAUUUGCAUUUUCUUCCCCAAAACUAUAUAUGUAUAUUUUGUUUAAUUGAUUUGUGUCCAAUAGUUUAAUACUAUCAAUAAAAGAG